AUGGAUAUUGGUGGUUCAGCAACAACAAAUGCCAAGGGUGGCCAUGAUAUUGAUGUUAAGGCCAUGGGCAAAGUGGGUGAUGAGAAAUUGGGCGCAGCGGCUGGUGUCUUUGCCAGUGGUAAUAAUAAACAUGGCCCAGUGACCACAGGAGCAUUUGGAGAAAUUAGUUCCAAUGGCCAUGGUUUGGCCAUACAACAUGCCAAUACCCAUGGCAUUAGCAAAUCAACAUCGGAAAAUCUACGCCUCAAUGCCUUUAAAAAUGAUAAUCACAGUGUGGAUGUAAAUGCCUUCCAUAGCCGUACCCAGUUGCAGAAUGGUUUAAAAUUUGAUGCUGUGGGUGCAAAUGCUGGAUGGUCUCAUGCUAAUGGUUAUUCGGCCAGUUUGGGUGUAACACAGAUACCCAAAUUUGACAUGAAAACUGUGAAUGCCAAUGCCACGGCUAAUUUGUGGACAUCCGCAAAUCAAGCUUCUUCAUUGAAUCUGAAUGCCUUUGGUAGUAAACACACCAGUGGACCAUUUAAGGGUCAAAAGGAUUUUGGUGGUGGCCUUGGAUUUACUCAUAGAUUUUAA